ACCAAGUGGUUUUGUUAGUGAUCCAUAUCCUACUCCAUUCGAUGAACAAUAUGACGGUGUUCUUAAAUUUCUUUGCAUUGGUGAUUGGGGUCAAUGGGGUCCUGGCACCGGUCAGCCUCAAGUUGCCGCUGCUAUGAAAACUUGGGCUGAGGCAAAUGAAACAACAUUUGUUAUAAAUCUUGGAGAUAAUUUUUAUCAAACAACCAAUACUACUGCUUCUAAUGUCAAUGAUCCAAAUGAUCAUGAAG